AAGAAGAAGAAGAAGAAGCGGUGGAGAUAAGAGGAAGGUGAAUGUGGAUUUGGUUCCUGUCAGGUGUUGGACCAGAACUCACCGAACCGACCGGACCGGUUUCGGGACAGACAGCUGGAGGAAGUGGUAGCAGAGAGGAAGAGGAGCAGCAGGAGGAGAGAAGAAGAAGAAGAAGAAGAAGGAGGAGGAGGAGGAGGAGUCUGUUUGUUGACAUCGGGACGAAGCCGAAGAUCAGAUGAGUGCGGACCUCCGGUAACACUUGGUUCUGUCCCCGCCAUCCAGACCCGCAGCCCGGGCCGACAGCUCAGGUCCCCUGCCCGGCCCGGCCCGGCCCGUCUCAUCAGAACUGAAGCAGGGCCAACAUGGCAGCCAAAGCAGGAGACGACCCGGACAGCCUCAUGUCUCUGACCACCAUCUUCUGCCUGAGGAACCUGAGGAAGACCAUGUGCUACCAGGGCUCCAGGAGCCGGCUCUGUCUGCGCUCAGACAUCUUCCUCCCCAGCGAGAUCUGCGACAAGCUGGUUAACACGUACAUGGAGCUGGUCCACGCAGACAGUCACUUUGAACCAGAGGAGAGCUUCUUCCAGCUGUUCUCAGAUCCUCGCAGCACCAGGCUCACCAGAGUCCAGCUCAGAGAGGACUUUGUCCGGGACCGAGACCUGGAGGCCAUACGCAAACAGGACCUGAUCGAGCUCAGCCUCACCUACUGCAACAGCCUGUCGUCUCGCAGCUUGAAGACCCUCGCCUGUUUCCGUGAGACGCUGGUGUCCCUGUGUCUCUUCGGCUGCAAGCAGAUCUUYUUUAAGAAGAGCAGCGCUCCGCUGGCGUGUAACGAGGACUCAGAGGACGAGGACGAGGACAGUCCUGUGUCCCGGAAGGAGUUGGAGACAGACUUUAGCUUCCAGGGCUUUAACCGCCUUCGGCUGCUGAACCUGGGGGGUCUGCCCAAAGAAAUGGACGUGGAGACCCUGCUCAGACCCCUCAGGUCCAUCACGUCCCUGGACCUGUCCAGUGUCCACCUGCUGGGGACGUCUUUUCUCAGCCAGUGGAAGGACAGGCUGGCCUCUCUGGUCCUCUACAACGUGGAGCUGUCAGAGGAGCUGCUCAGCACCGUGCUGGAGCUGGUCAACCUCAGACACCUGGAUAUCUCCAGGGAGGGCCGGCGAAACACCAAGUUUAAGAUGACCAGGAAGAUCCUGACGGCCCUGGUCCAGAGACUGGUCCACCUGGUGUCUCUGGACCUGUCGGGACACGUCAUGCUGGACAACUGCACCGUCCCACACUUUGAGGAGGCCAUGGGCCGUCCCAGUGUGGAACCCUGUAAGAGCAGCAUCAUCCCGCUGCAGGAGCUGAAGAGGCCUCUGCAGUUCCUGGGUCUGUACGACACCACGCUGUGUAACGUCACACACAUCCCCGCCUACAAGGUGACCGGGUCCAAAAAUGAAGACCAGGUUCUGAAUGCCGUGGAGGCCUACACGGAGUUCCGACCCGAGCUGGCCCACCGGGCCAUCAACCAGCUGUUCGACAUCGCCAGGAUACAGCACUGCAGCCAGCUGCUGCGAGCCCUGCAGCUGGUGAUCGCGGCUCUGAAGUGUCACAAGUAUGAUAAGAGCAUCCAGGUGACAGGCAGCGCCGCCCUCUUCUACCUGACCAACACCGAGUACCGCAACGACCAGAGCGUCAGGCUGCGCCGCCAGGUCAUCCAGGUGGUCCUGAACGGGAUGGAGCAGUACCAGGAGGUCACGGUCCAGAGGAACUGCUGCCUGACUCUGUGUAACUUCCACAUCCCCGAGGAGCUGGAGUUCCAGUACAGCCGGGUCAACCAGCUGCUGCUGAAGAUCCUGGAGCCGGCCCGGCAGGACGAGUCCAUCCAGAGGAUCGCWGUCCACCUGUGCAACGCUCUGGUGUGCCAGGUGGACAACCACCACAAGGAGGCCGUGGGCAAGAUGGGCUUUGUCAAGACGAUGUUGAAUUUAAUCCAGAAAAAGCUUCAGGACAGAACGUGUGACCAGGUGAUGGAGUUCUCCUGGAGCGCUCUGUGGAACAUCACAGAUGAGACACCAGACAACUGCCAGAUGUUCCUGAACUGUCGGGGCAUGAAUCUGUUCCUGGAGUGUCUGGAGAAGUUUCCAGAUAAACAGGAGCUWCACCGCAACAUGUUGGGACUUUUAGGAAACGUUGCAGAGGUGAAAGGUCUGAGGCCUCAGCUGCUGACGCCACAGUUCAUCACCGUGUUCAGUAACCUGCUGGAGAGCAAGGCUGACGGCAUCGAGGUGUCGUAUAACGCUUGCGGCGUGCUCUCACACAUCAUGUUCGACGGCCCUGAGGUCUGGGCCAUGGACGAGCCCCGCAGAGACGCCGUCAUGGACCGCAUGUGGGACGCCAUCCAGAGCUGGGACGUCAGCUCGCGCCGCAACAUCAACUACAGGUCAUUUGAGCCGAUCCUUCGCCUGCUGCCUCAGAGCAUCUCACCUGUCAGUCAGCACUGGGCCACCUGGGCUCUCUACAACCUGGUGUCAGUUUACCCCGGUAAAUACUGUCCUCUGCUGAUCAAAGAAGGAGGAGUCUGUCUUCUGGAGAAGGUUCUGGAGCUGGACAGUUCUCACCCUGAGACCAAGGAGAUGGCCCGGAAGGUGAUGGAGCAGUGUGACAGCUUCAAAGAAGAUCCCAUGGAGACGAACAACGGACCGGAGGUCAACUUUGGACCCAGAGGCUGACUCCACCAGAACCAGAACCAGAACCAAACAUGAAUGAAGCCAAGCCGAGGCCCCUCCUCCUCCUCCUGCCGUCAUCACCACCACGGUUAUUCGUGUGCAUCGUUUUUCUUCUUAUUGUUUCCUAGAGCAGAACCACCUGUCUGUGGACCGGACUGGACCGGACCGGACCGGACCGGACCGGACUGGACCGGACCUUAAUGUGUGACACGUAGGAAUUAGAAGAUGCUGGGGUGUUGGCCUUCGCUGCUCAUCUCUCCUGUUGUUGGUUAGGGUUUUCUCUCAGUGUGUGUGUGUGUGUGUGUGUGUGUGUGUGUGUGUGUGUGUGU